AGCGUUCGGGACAAGUGCGCCAGCAUGAUUUCAGUGUGACUGUUUUUGUGCUCUUUACUGUCUUCUUGAAGAAUUGGUUGUUUUUAUCCUUUGUUAUUGUCCGACUUCUUUUUUGCUCCACGCAGAGCGGUGCUCGAUGAAUACAGCCGAGUUGAGAUGGGACUUGUUUAUAUUUCUAAACGUGAGAAAUAAUUUGAAAACAGAAUCUAAUUCUUCGCUUUUUCGCGAUUAGAUUCCACGUGUUCUGAGUUCGUAAACCAAAUUUGGGAAAAAAAUACAAUCUCGAGUGGCGAGGGCGAGUGACGUAAUAUUGUCUUUCGAUGACGUUUACGGAACCAGGAAGUGGCGGUCUCCAACGAGUCGGGCCACUUUUCCAGCUCGUUCCUGUGAUGGUGGUCUCUGCGGGUCUCGAGCGGACUCGGUCGACGCUGUGGACCGGGACGGUCCUCCUUUUGGUGCUGUCCGGCCUCCACGGACCGAGUUGUGUGGUGUCGGAACCGGGCAAAUGGACACUGGACGUGGACAGCGACACUUUGAAGACUCAGGACAUGUUCGUCUUUGCUAAAACUCUCUUCAACAACAGCUUCAUCCAUCUUAAAUUGGCCAGCUGCGACUCCUCUUCCCCAGUGCACUUGAACGUGUCGUGGUACCUGAGGAGUUCUCGCUGCUACGAUGAGGUCUUCGGCCUCGACGUGAUGCGAGCGAAUCUGUACUUCAAGUCCACCGCGGUGAAUCCGGGAGGAGGAAGUGGUUUCUACGUCUUCCACCAGUACCCUCCCAUCUCCUGCCAUCCACGUGUCGACCCCAACAUUUUUGGCCUGGAUGCCUUUGACGUGCAAACGCGACUGACGGAAUUGCAGGCCAACACGGAGAAGACCCCCGGCAGGAGGCGCAGGGAGGCGGAGCUUCCGAAACCAAAGUCGGCUGCCGGUGAAGCGGCGGCGGACGAGGACGAGGAGAAGAAGACCACGGCGACCUCCGAAGGCCAUGCCGGCGCUCCUCCCAAACAGGUCGCCGCACACCCUCACUUCGACGCGGUGGCCCAGAGCUGGGCGGACGGUCCGUACAUGUUUCUGCUCAGCGUCCAAGAGGUCAAAGACCAGAAGCGGGCCCCCGAGCCGGCCCGCUGGAACCUGCGCCUUGACGUGAGCAUGAAAGGCCCCCACGACUACAUCUCGGCCACGGAAUGGCCGCUCAUGCUGUUCUACAUGGCCAUGUGCAUCGUUUACGUGCUGCUGGCGCUCUUGUGGCUUGCGCUGUCGGCGUGCUACUGGAGGGACCUGCUCAGGAUCCAGUUCUGGAUCGGAGGCGUCAUCUUCCUGGGGAUGCUGGAGAAGGCCGUUUACUACGCCGAAUUUCAGAGCAUCAGAUACGACGGCUUGUCAGUGCGCGGGGCGGCGGCGUUGGCCGAGGUCCUGUCGGCCGUCAAGAGGACGCUGGCCCGCGUCUUGGUCAUCAUCGCCAGCCUGGGAUACGGCAUCGUCAAGCCCAGGCUGGGCGCCUUGCUGCACCGCGUGGUGGGCGUCGGCCUGCUCUACCUCACCUUCUCGGCGGCGGAGGGCCUCCUGCGCAUCAACGCCGAUCGCGGCGACAACGCCGGCAGUGUUCUUCUGUGCGACGUGGUGCUGGCCUUCACCGAUUCCUGCGUCAUCUGGUGGAUCUUUGUGAGUCUGGCUCAGACCAUGAAGCUGCUCCGACUGCGCCGCAACCUGGUCAAGCUGUCGCUCUACAGACACUUCACCAACACGCUGCUCUUCGCCGUCAUCGCGUCGGUCAUCUUCAUCGUUUGGACCACAAAGACCUUCAAGAUGGCCAAAUGUCAGUCUGACUGGCGCGAGCUUUGGAUCGAUGAUGCUUUCUGGCGUUUCCUGUUCUCCGCCAUCCUGCUGGUCAUCAUGUUCCUCUGGCGACCUUCGGCCAAUAACCAGAGGUACGCCUUCCGCCCUCUGGUGGACGAUGAGGAGAGUGACGAAGAGGAGGAGGAGGAGCUCAUGGUGAACGAAGCUUUCGAGGGCAUGAAGAUGAGGGGCGUGAAGAACGAGACCAACGGGGCCGCCAGAGCCAACAAAGUGGAUGAAGAUCUGAAGUGGGUGGAGGAGAACAUCCCCUCGUCCAUGGCCGACGUCGCCCUGCCGCCCCUGCUCGACUCGGACGAGGAGACCAAGACGACCAUGUUUGAGAUGUCCAAGAUGGAGUGACGUCCUUUGAGGCGGGGAAGGGACGCGGCGGGGCGAGGCCCGAGCCACCUCCGGGGCACCCGAGCCCGACUCGAUGAGCUUCCUUCGGGCAAACGCUCAACCGCGGCCGCUUUGCUGUUUUUCUCGGAGCCAAGGCUGCUUUUUGUAUUUAUGUACAGACGCGCGGCGACGGAUGCGACGCAUGACUUUUGCUCGCCCCUUCAAUGUACCGAUGCCGGGUUGUGUACACCGUUGCCGUGGCAGCGCUGCCCAAACACAGUGUGGGGGCGGGUCUCUUGGUGGACUUUUGGGUUCGGUCUCUUGUGUUGGGACUGCUGAAGAUCAUUUUUCACCGCUUUUCAUGUCAUGUGACUAAAAUAGCUUUGAAAAGUC